CCUCACCUUCCAUUUUAUUAAUCCCAACAAAAAAAAAUAAUGACCGAAAUUCAUCAAACCUACAACCCCCAACACCAGCCGUACGGCGGUGGAGUCUCACACUACCAACAACAACAACACGUCUCACCACGAGUCCACCAAGCGGUCAAGGCCGCAACCGCGAUAACCGCGGGCGGCUCACUCCUCAUCCUCUCUGGACUCACUUUGGCCGGGACAGUCAUCGCACUGACAAUCGCUACCCCGUUGCUAGUGAUUUUCAGUCCGGUGCUUGUCCCAGCCGCAAUAACCCUGUUCCUUUUGGCAACAGGGUUUUUGAUGUCUGGGGGAUUCGGGGUUGCGGCUGCGACGGUUUUAUCGUGGAUUUAUAGGUACGCAACCGGCGGACAUCCCCUGGGGUCCGACUCGUUGGACCAGGCUAGGGACAAGUUGGGUUACAAGGCGAGGGAUAUGAAGGGUAGGGCGGAGCAUGCGACUGGCGGAAUGGGGCUUCACGCCAGAGCUGAUAUGUAGAUGAUGGGUGGUGGUUGCAUGCCCAUUUGGUGUUUAGUGGUUUUGGAUGUGUUAUGUUUAUGUGUUGAUUAUGUUAAUUAUAAUAAUAAAUAAAUAUAUAAGCAAUAGUUCGGUUUAAGUUGUGGAUCAGUUUUAUGUUUGUUAUAUUUACGGAUCAUUUUUUAUAGUGUUGACUGCUAUUUUUGUCCAUUUGUUUAAUUAUAUCAGUUCAGGCCAAA